CGCCUCUGAAGCGCGAUGGAAGCGGAGCCGGAGGAGCCCUGAGCGCAGCAGAAGAAGAAGAACAUGACGCUGAACACCCAGAGAGGAAGAGGAGGCGAUGCAAGAGAUAAUAGCAUGAGUCCUGCCCAGAGAAGAGCCAGCACCCCUCUGCCCGUCUCCUAUGGCUCCCGUUCGGGGAUGUUAAGCCUGUGCCCAAACCGGGCCAAAUCCGGUCACCCGCAGCUGGGACAGUCCUCCUCCUGUGAGCCCAGGGGGUCCAUCCCUGAGCCCCGGGACAGCUGGUCCUCUGAAUCCUCCGACUCGGAUGAGUCCUGGGCAUCUUUGUACCGCGUGGUGCUUCUGGGCGACCCUGGGGUGGGCAAGACCAGUUUGGUCAACCUUUUCGCUGGCGUUCAAGACAAAGAUUUGCCGGAGCAACAGAAAGAGGACACCUACGAGCGCACCUUGUCCGUGGACGGCGAGGAGACCACCUUGAUGGUGAUGGACACCUGGGAGGCUGAGAAGCGGCUCCCAGAAGAGGCGAACUGGUUCCACAACUACUGCAUGCAGGUGGGCAACGCUUACGUCAUUGUCUACUCCAUCACCGACCGAGGGAGCUUUGAGAGCGCAUCAGAGCUACGGAUCCAGCUGCGGCGGACUCGCCAGGCGGAGAACAUCCCCAUUAUCUUGGUGGGGAAUAAGACUGACUUGGUGCGCUGCCGGGAGGUUUCCGUGGAAGAGGGCCGGGCCUGUGCCGUGGUCUUCGACUGCAAGUUCAUUGAGACGUCGGCCGCCCUCCAGCACAAUGUGACGGAGCUCUUUGAGGGGGUGGUGCGGCAGAUCCGCCUGCGCCGGGACAGCAAAGAGGCCAACGAACGGCGCAUGUCACUCUAUAAACGCAAGGAGAGCCUCACCAAGAAAGUCCGCCGCUUCCUGGACCGGCUGGUGGCCCGCAACAACAAGAAGGUGGCCCUGAAGGUCCGCUCUAAGUCUUGCCAUGACCUCUCGGUGCUGUGAGAACUUCAGGAGGCCCUUCCAGCCUCCUCUUCUUCCUCUUUCCAAGGGUCAUGGCCUCGGUCUUCCUUCCCACAUCCACCUAGGGGUUUGCAAACUCUCUUCUUUGCUGGUGGCUCUUAGGAGAGGACCUGCUGGUAGAGGAAAGCAAAGGACAAGAGGCAGACAGAAAAACAGGUGCCGUGCAUGGAGAGGGGCGUCCCCUGAGCUGACGCAGGACCCCAGAACCUUGGAUCACCGGAGUGGCCACCCAGUACCUAUGACUCCUUUGGAAGGCAGUGCAUUAAACCAAUCUUUGUGUAAGUUUCACAGGUGGUUGGGUCCAUGAGUUUUCUCCCAUAAUAGUGCACUGUGGGAUGACAUCUUUCCCAAUUUUCCUGACCACAAAGGCUUCAGGGAUUGCCUUCUUUGGCCUCUGCUGGAUCUUCCAGGGUAUCCAAUAUGUUUGACUUCAGGUCUGGGGCUUGUGCCAGAUUAGACUCCCCUCUUGGUGACUGCUUUGAUUGUGUCUUUCAUUCUGCAGGGUCUGUUUUACACUGGCAAAGGUGGAUGAAGCAUUACACUAAAUGCACCAUGGAAGGGGAGAUACUGUUAGAAAUAGGGCAACCACUUGUAUUAUAAUUAUCCGAGAGUUUCUGGAUGGAAAUUGUUUGUCCAACUUCCUGCUUCCAAAUGCUAAAACCUCUUUAGUUUAGCAGAUAGAAGCAACGGUCCUCCUUGUUUUCCCCUUUUAGGUGCAGCAGAACUUUAUACAUACAAAUGUCAGGACCAGGAGAAGAAAUGGAAUGCCUUCUAUACUGCAGAUAGUUGUAAGAAUUAGGCAGGAAUGUGAGCAUCUGGGUGCAAACUUGGAAGGGUUACAAUUUGGGGAGCUCAGUUCCCAGAAUUUCUACCAGAUUCUGGGAGCGGUCCCCCAAAAGUAACUAAAGGUCUGAUCUGGGGGCCUAUAUGAGUAUGUUUUUCAUCAUCUACCUUUAUGCACGAAUGAUGCCAAAAUUAGAGUGUACUGAGAAAAAAUAAUCUGGUUUGUGAUGAAGGUUGGAAGGUCCUGGGGAUUAUUCACACUGAAAAUAAUCUAGGAUGAAUCCAUAAAUCUUCAUUGUUCACACAUAUCCCCAAUGUACCCGAUUAAGUUUGGGGGGGCUGCCAAAAAUCCAAUUAAUCCAGGAUAAUUGAUACUGGGUCCCCUCCCCGAGGUUUUAAAAAGAUCCACAUUAUCGGUAGCAUGAAUAACCAAUACAAAUAGAUCUGAAUAGACCCGGGAUAAAAUGCUACAUACCAAAAAGAAGGGUUCUGAAUGCAUUUGCAUUGUUGACUCCAUCUUUAUUCAAAUGCUUGCAUGUGUGAACAACUGAACUCGCAUUGAUGUGGUUCCAUAGUGUGAAUAACAAACCCGGAAUGCGUGCGUGAGAUGAUUUGCAUCGUCGUGCUAAAAAAAGCAAGCUGUUGACUGACCCCCUGGAAUAUGGUGCAGCUUCAUGACUCUUCCCGGUCCUUUCUUCUGAUCUUUAAGUGCUGCAUUAGGUGAACACAUCGAUGGCAGUGACAGAAUCAGCAGUGGAGAUCCAUCAGGAGAGAUGAGACAGUUUGGGGUAUUUCUGGCAGGGUCUCUGUGCCUUGAUCACCUGCAGGACGGGUUGAAUUUCAACAGGCAGAAAAUACAACUUAAAAACAACAACAGAACAGGAAUCGGAUGAACUUUGCCUGGAGAUCUUGUGAGACUUUCAAAUUGUUUGUGACAUAUGGCAAAUCUGUCUCAAGGUUUUCUUGGCACAAUGUGUUUUGAGGGGGGUUGCUCUUGUUUUCCUCUGAGGCUGAGAGAGUGUGACUUGCCCAAGAUCACCCAGUAGGUUUCUAUGGCUGAGCCUGGAUUCAAACCCUGGUCCGCAGAGUCACAGUCCAACAUUCAAAC